AUGGCCUCAAACACUCACCCUACAUCAACACUCACCCUAACCUCAACAACUCACCCUACCCUCAACACUCACCCACCCUACAUCAACACUGCAUCCCUACCUCAACACUCACCCUACCUCAAACACUCGCUCCUACCUCAACACUCACCCUACCAUCACACUCACCCACCUCAACACCACCCUCGAACACCUACGAACACACCACCUCAAACACCCUACCACAAACAACUCCCCUACCUCAACACUCACCCUACUCAACACUCACCCUACCUCAACACUCACCUAUCUCAACACUCACCCUACAUCAACACUCACCCUACACUACAACACUACAAACCCUACCUCAACACUCACCCUACCUCAACACUCACCCUACCUCAACACUCACCCUACCUCAACACUCACCCUACCUCAACACUCACCCUACCUCAACACUCACCCUACCUCAACACUCACCCUACCUCAACACUCACCCUACCUCAACACUCGCCCCUACCUCAACACUCACCCUACCUCACACCACCCUACCUCAACACUCCCCUACCUCACCUACCAACACCCUACCUCACCACCCUACCAACACUACACACCUACCCAACACCUACCAACACUCAACACCCUACCUCAACACUCACCCUACCUCAACACUCACCCUACCUCAACACUCACCCUACCUCAACACUCACCCUACCUCAACACUCACCCUACCUCAACACCACCCUACCUCAACACUCACCCUACACCUCAACACUCGCCCUACCUCAACACUCACCCUACCUCAACACUCGCCCUACCUCAACACUCACCCUACCUCAACACUCACCCUACAUCAACACUCACCCUACCUCAACACUCACCCUACAUCAACACUCACCCUACCUCAACACUCGCAACAUCACCUACACAUCCACUAACAUCACCCUACCCAACACUACCUACAUCAACACUCACCCUACCUCAACACUCGUCCUACAUCAACACUCACCCUACCUCAACACUCACCCUACCUCAACACUCGCCCUACAUCUCAAACCCACUCUCACACUCCCCUACCUCAACACUCACCCCUCACACUCCAACACUCCCCUACCUCAACACUACCUACCCUCACACUCACCUACUCAACACUCGCCCUACCUCAAACUCCCCUCAACAACUCCUCCUACCUCAACACUCACCCCUACAUCAACACUCCCCCUAACCUCAACACUCGCCCUACCUCACACUCACCCCUACCUCAACACUCACCUACCUCAACACUCGCCCCUACCUCAACACUCACCCCUACCCUCAACAUCGCCCCUACCUCAACACUCACCCUACCUCAACACUCGCCCUACCUCAACACUCACCCUACCUCAACACUCACCCUACCUCAACACUCACCCCCUACCUCAACACUCACCCUACCUCAACACUCACCCUACCCUCAACACUCACCCUACCUCAAACACUCAACUCCUACACUCAACACUCGCCUACUCAACACUCACCCUACCUCAACACUCACCCUACCUCAACACUCACCCUACAUCAACACUCACCCUACCUCAACACUCACCUACCUCAACACUCACCCCUACCUCAACACUCGCCCUACCUCAACACUCACCCUACCUCAACACUCACCCUACCUCAACACUCGCCCUACCUCAACACUCACCCUACCUCAACACUCACCCUACCUCAACACUCACCCUACCUCAACACUCACCCUACCUCAACACUCGCCCUACCUCAACACUCACCCUACCUCAACACUCACCCUACAUCAACACUCGCCUACCUCAACACUCCCCUACCUCAACACUCGCCCACCUCAACACUCACCCUACCUCAACACUACCACUACCUCAACACUCCCCUACCUCAACACUCACCCUACCUCAACACUCACCCACAACAUCAAACUACUCAACAGCCACCUCAACACUCACCCUACCUCAACACUCACCCUACCUCAACAUCACCUACCUCAACACUCACCUACUCAACACUCACCCUACCUCAACACUCACCUACAUCAAAACUCACCUACCUAACACUGCCUACAACACUACCUACCUCAACACUCACCUACUCAACACUCGCCCUACCUCAACACUAACCCUACCUCAACACUCACCCUACCUCAACACUCACCCUACCUCAACACUCGCCCUACCUCAACACUCGCCCUACCUCAACACUCACCCUACCUCAACACUCACCCUACCUCAACACUCGCCCUACAUCAACACUCGUCCUACCUCAACACUCGUCCUACCUCAACACUCACCCUACCUCAACACAUCACCCCUACCUCAACACUCGUCCUACCUCAACACUCACCCUACCUCAACACUCACCCUACCUCAACACUCACCCUACCUCAACACCCACCCUACCUCAACACUCGCCCUACCUCAACACUCACCUACCUCAACACUCACCCACCUCAACCACCUACCUCAACCUAACCUAAACACUACCCUACCUCAACACUCACCCUACCUAACACUACCCUACAUCACCCUCAACAUAACACCUACUCACACCUACCUCAACACUCGCCCUACAUCAACACUCACCCUACCUCAACACCACCCUUAA